UUGACGAACAGUUUUAUGGAUGAAGAUGAGGAGCCCAUAAUUGUCUGUUUCAUCUGUCAUGCAAGACUCAUUCGUUGCAGAACAUUACAACAACAGGCUAUUGAGUCAAGUGCAGUUCUGGAGCAGUUGCUUGCAGGAGGAUCCAUGUCAAUACCACAACCGCAUGAGGCUAGAGAUGAGAUUGAAUUCACACCAAUUAAUCAUAUAGAUAUCUGGCCAGUAGAGUGUGAUAUAGAAAAUGAUUGUAAGGACGACAUUUUCAGCCUUGAAUCUGUUAAAGUUGAGGAAGAGAAAAUUGAAAAUGAGAAUUUCAAAUUUGAAGUAAACUGGAGUCAUGAAACAGAUACUGCUGAAAAACAAGAAGACUUGAAGAUUGAUGCUUUUGAAGAUCGACAUAAGGAUUCGGAGAACGACUUGCCACUAACAUUAGGUGCAAAGAGUAAAACAGAUGACGUUGACAUAGAACAACCCUGGAUACAAACAAAUAAUUUUUCAAAACCAGCAUUGACGAACAGUUUUAUGGAUGAAGAUGAGGAGCCCAUAAUUGUCUGUUUCAUCUGUCAUGCAAGACUCAAUCGAUGCAGAAUGUUACAACAACAGGCUAUUGAGUCAAAUGCAGUUCUGAAGCAGUUGCUUGCAGGAGGGUCCAUGUCAAUACCAAAACCGCAUGAGGCUAGAGAUGAGAUUCAGUUCACAACAAUUAAUCAUAUAGAUAUCUGGCCAGCAGAGUGUGAUAUAGAAAAUGAUAGUAAGGACGACAUUUUUAUCUUUGAAUCUGUUAAAGUUAAGGAAGAGAAAAUCGAAAAUGAGAAUUUCAAAUUUGAAGUAAACUGGAGUCAUGAAACAGAUACUGAUGAAAAACAAGUAGACUUGGAGAUUGAUGCUUUUGACGAUCGACAUAAGGAUUCGGAGAAUGACUUGCCACUAAUUACAUAUGGUUCAAAGAGUAUAACAGAUGACUUUGACAUAGAGGAUAUUCAACUACCGCCAGUCAAUGAACAAGAGUCAGUAGAAGUAGCGGAUGCUGAGAUUCUUCUUGUCAAACAUCUAAAUUUUCACUGUUUUGUUACAGAGGAGCGACUAGUGGCAGCGCUCUGGGAGAGGAGGGCAUUUUUGCGUGGUGGUACACCAGUGCCGAUACUGUGCUCAGGUCAGCCAGCUCUCUGGAUGGUGGUCCAGGACGAUCGAGCACAGACUUAA